CUCACCACGUGCGAUCCAAACAACUAGAAAAAAAAAAUCAAAAGGAAAGCACGUUCUUGGGUUGGGUUGAGAUGGAGAUGGGGAAGGAGACGGCGAGGGUGGUGGUGCUGGCCGUGAACGGCGUGCGGCGCGAGGCGGCGGGGGCGGACGUCCACCCGUCCAUGACGCUGCUGGAGUUCCUCCGCACCAAGACGCCCGUCCGGGGGCCAAAGAUCAGCUGCGGCGAAGGUGGAUGCGGCGCAUGCGUGGUGCUCAUCUCCAAGUACGACCCGGCCACCGACGAGGUGACCGAGUUCUCGGCCAACUCCUGCCUGACGCUCCUCGGCACACUGAGCCACUGCUCGGUGACCACCAGCGAGGGCAUCGGCAACACCCGUGAUGGCUACCACCCCGUCCAGCAGCGCCUCUCCGGCUUCCACGCCUCCCAGUGCGGCUUCUGCACCCCCGGCAUGUGCAUGUCCAUCUUCUCCGCGCUCGUCAAGGCAGACAAGCCCGGCCAUGCCGCCCCGGCGCCGCCGGCUGGGUUCUCCAGGCUCACCUGCUCGGAGGCCGAGCACGCCGUCUCGGGCAACCUCUGCCGCUGCACCGGCUACAGGCCCAUCGUCGACGCCUGCAAGAGCUUCGCCGCGGACGUCGACCUCGAGGAUCUCGGCCUCAACUCCUUCUGGAAGAAAGCCGCCGACGACCGUGCCGACGUUGGCAAGCUGCCGCAGUACUCCGCCGGCUCUGUCUGCACAUUCCCCGAGUUCCUCAAGGCCGAGAUCAAGUCCAACAUUGGCAAGCUGCCAGAGCACUCCGCCGGCUCCGUCAGCGACGAUGGCUGGUACUACCCCAGGAGCAUCCAGGAGCUCGACAACCUCUUUGACGCCAACUGGUUCGAUGAAACUGCAGUCAAGAUCGUGGCGUCCAACACCGGCGCCGGAGUGUACAAGGAGCAAGACCUCUACGAAAAGUACGUCGACAUCAAAGGGAUUCCGGAGUUGCUGGUCAUCGACAAACCAUCUUUGGCUGCACAAAAGGUCAUCACGGUUAUCUCCGCAAAGGACAUUCCUGUCGGCGGAAAGAAUAUCGGAACCAGCUACCCGAUGCUCGGAGACGAAGCGCUUUUUGGAGAUCCGGUUUCAGAAUUUGCUGGUCAAACAGUUGGCAUUGUGAUUGCUGAAACGCAGAAGUACGCCUAUAUGGCGGCGAAGCAAGCUGUGAUCGAGUACAGCACCGAGAAUCUUGAGCCGCCGAUUCUGACAAUAGAGGAUGCCAUUAAACAUAACAGCUACUUCCAUACUCCCCCAUAUUUGGCUCCUCAGCCAGUUGGGGACUUUGACAAAGGGAUGUCUGAAGCUGAUCACAAGAUCUUAUCAGGAGAGGUGAAACUUGAAUCCCAGUACUACUUCUACAUGGAGACCAACACCGCCCUGGCCAUCCCGGACGAAGAUAACUGUAUCACGGUCUACUCGUCAACGCAGACUCCGGAAAUCACACAGAAUGUCAUCGCGGACCUCCUCGGCGUUCCGUACCACAAUGUUCGUGUCAUCACAAGAAGAGUUGGUGGCGGCUUUGGUGGGAAGGCACAAAAAGGAUGCCCUGUGGCAUGUGCCUGUGCACUUGCAGCGUUCAAGCUGCGGCGCCCUGUCCGGAUGUACCUUGACCUGAAGACGGACAUGAUCAUGGCGGGAGGGCGGCACCCGAUGAAGGUGAAGUACUCCGUCGGCUUCAAGUCGGACGGCACGCUCACGGCGCUGCACGUUGACCUAGGGAUCAACGCCGGUAUAUCCCCCGACGUGAGCCCGAUGCUCCCGGGGUUCAUCUUCAGCUCCCUGAAGAAGUACAACUGGGGCGCCCUGGCCUUCGAUGUGAAGUUGUGCAAGACCAACGUGUCGUCCAGGUCGGCGAUGCGAGGGCCCGGCGAAGUACAGGGCUCCUUCAUAGCGGAGGCCAUCAUCGAGCAUGUGGCGUCCGUGCUCGCCGCCGACACCAAUGCUGUCCGGAGGAAGAACCUCCACAGCUUCGACAGUCUCACGGCGUUCUACGGGAAGGCCGCGGGGGAUGCCGCCACGUACAGCCUCGUCGACUUGUUUGACAAGCUUACCACGUCGCCGGAGUACCGGAGCAGGGCAGCGGAGGUGGAGCGGUUCAACGGCGGGAGCAAGUGGAAGAAGCGCGGCAUCUCGUGCGUGCCAAUCACGUUCCAGGUGACGCUCCGGCCGUCGCCCGGGAAGGUGUCGAUCCUGAACGACGGUUCCAUCGUCGUGGAGGUCGGCGGCGUGGAGAUCGGGCAGGGGCUGUACACCAAGGUGAAGCAGAUGACGGCAUUCGGGCUGGCGGAGCUGGACGCCGACGGGGUCCUCCUGGACAAGGUGCGCGUGAUCCAGGCCGACUCGCUGAGCAUGGUCCAGGGCGGCUUCACGGGCGGGAGCACCACCUCCGAGGUGAGCUGCCAGGCGGUCCUGGAGUCAUGCGCCGCACUUGUCGAGCGGCUCAAGCCCAUCAAGGAGAGCAUCGAGGCCAACUCCGGCGCGCCGGCGCCAUGGAGCGCCCUGAUCGCCCAGGCGACGAUGGAGAGCGUGAACCUGACAGCAGAUGCUGCAUAUGGCAGAGGACAGCUCCACGACUAG